AUGGCCACCAUCAACGUUCGCCGCGAUGUUACCGACCCUUUCUACCGCUACAAGAUGGAGCGGCUGCAGUCUAAGAUCGAAGGCAAGGGUAACGGCAUCAAGACUGUCAUCGUCAACCUGACCAGCGUUGCCAACUCUCUCGACCGUCCUCCUGCCUAUGUCAUCAAGUACUUCGGCUUCGAGCUGGGCGCUCAGACGAAUACGAAUCCAGCCGACGACCGUUGGAUCAUCAAUGGCGCCCACGAUGCUAGCAAACUUCAGGACUAUCUGGAUGGCUUCAUUUCCAAGUUUGUCCUCUGCAAGAAGUGCAAGAAUCCUGAGACUGUUAUGGAAGUCAAAAAGGAUGGCAUCACACUGGACUGCAAGGCCUGCGGUCAGAUCUCCACGGUCGACUUGCGCUUGAAGCUGACCUCCUUCAUUCUCAAAAACCAGCCGAAGAAAGGCAAGAAGGACAAGUCUACCAAGAAGGCUGAGCGCCGUGCCCGCAAAGCGGCUGGAAAGGGAGACGACGACGAUGAGGAUGCGUCUCAGAAUGGCGCCAGCCCUGGUGACAGUGCAUCUGACCACGGCGACGAGAACGGCGACUACGGCAUUGCAGCCGGCAGUGAUGAUGAGCUCACCCGCCAGAUCGAAGACGGCGCUUUGGACAUCGACGACGUGCUAGAGGAGAAGGAGGUUCAGUGGGCCACCGAUUUCUCCGCCGAUGCCGUCAAGUCCCGUGCUGAGGUCCUUCCGGAGGACCUCAAGCGCGCUGCUAUCAACCCUGCCGUGUUCGUCGAAGAUGCUGAGGAUGGCGAAGGAGGUCCUUCGAUCUACGACGAAUUCGGCAAGUGGAUCCUUGACACUGCUGCUCAGAAGGGCAGCGUCGAGAAGAUCGAUAGCGUGGAGGUCUACGUCAAGGCCAAGGAACUCGGCAUUGAGAGCAAGCACCGCACUCUUACCGUUCUCGCUCAGACCAUCUUCGACAAGAAUAUCGUCAAGCAGAUUGAUGGCCGCGCCGGCAUGCUGAAGAAGAUGAUCACCUCCGAGAAGCAUGAGAAGGCUUUCUUGGGCGGAACCGAGCGCUUCGUCGGCAUCGACCAUCCUGAGCUUAUCCCUCAGGUCUCUGCUAUUCUCAUCAAGUACUACCAGAACGACCUCAUCGAAGAGGAGCAGUUCAAGGCUUGGGGCUCCAAGGCUAGCAAGAAGUACGUCGACAUCAAGACCAGCAAGCAGGUCCGUCGCUCGGCCGAGAAAUUCAUCGAGUGGCUUGACCAGGCCGACAGCGACGAGGAAGAAGACGAGGACUCUGAGUAA